AUUGAUCACGUGAUGCUGUAGCUAGCAGACGAAAGCUGCUGAUAUACAAGACUGAAGCAUGAUGGCCGAUACUUAAAGUAAAAUAUAUGAUGUUCAAAACACAACGAUGAGCUGGUGGCUGAUGAAUUUUAUUUUCGGAUUAUUUACUUUCUCUGAGCUUUGUGUUGCAGUUGCUGCGAUAAAUUGCUACAAAUGUUCCUCCAGAAACUUCAGCGAUCCUUCCUGUCAUGACCCCUUCCAUCCAGCCUACAAUAAUCUGACCAUAGACUGUGGGGAGGGGCGGGACGGGAGGGUCGGACUUUUUCCUGCGAGGUACUGCACCAAGAUCAAAGGCACCAGUUUUAAAGAAAGACAAGAUAUUGAUUCAAAUCUGCUGUAGACGGGACAGAAACCAUAAUUCGUUCCUGUUCUAUAGAGUCCUUGGAUACAAAUUGUAAUCAAUUUAAUUUGGAGAAUGUUUUGUAUGACGGAUGUGUAUCUUCUUGUGAGACAGAUGCAUGCAAUGCUGGAUACAGACAAAUGGCAGAUACACUUCAUGUAAUCACUGCUGUAAUGAUUUGUAAAUGGUUGUGUUGCAUCUUUUAAAAUGGAUGCACGCAAUACAGGAUAUUAACAAGCAUAACAAGUACAAAAUGGUCAUGUUAUUACCAGUGCUAUCAUUGUAGUCAGUUUGAUGGGAAAUUGAGUGCAAAUGAGAAUGAUAAAUUUCUGACAUGACAAUCUAUAACAUAUUUUUUUGUAAUAUACAUAAAUCAGUAUUUGAAAUCGCUUUUUAGCACGAAAACAACACGUGAUUCAACUGCUCAUUUAUUAUAUUUCAGAGGUUUUAACAUUUUUUUUUAAAAUUUCACUUACAUUUGAAAAAAGCAUUUACAAAAUAAUGAAAAUUAAUUUGUAUAAUUAAUUUCUUUCUGAUUUUUUUUAAAGAAAGCAACAAAAAUGAACCAAAAUGUGUCUUUAUCUAAGCAAUCUGACAAAAUGUAUUGAUUUUGUUUGUAAUAAGAAAUAGGUAUACUCAUUCUAAUUCAUUUCCAUGUGAACUCUUUUUUAUGUGUAUUUCAAUAUUUCCUUCCCAUCUGUGUUAUAGGUAAUUGCUAGUUAUUGCUAAAUUCAAUCGGUACACUUGUGAUUUGCAUACCAUAUUUGUUGAGGUAUAUUUUAAAGUACAUGUAUUGAAGAUAAUUUUGAAAAUUGUUAAUUUCAAUAUGAAUUCUACAAGCAUAAUGCUUAAUUAUUUUUUCCACAUUAACA